AUGUUCGACACCACAUUCGUUCGUUCGGCGGUCGACGUCCAACGAAUUGGUCCACACGCGGCCUUCGGCGGUUGCCGAGGAAAGUUUUACACUAUAAAUUCGUUUGUGACGCGAGCGACCACCCAUUCGGCGAGGUGUGGCGCCGCGAGCCAGAGCGCUCGUGCUGGGGCACCACGAGCUCGGGCGCCACUAGCUGGGGCGCCACUAGCUGCGGCGCCGCGAGCUGGCGCGCGGGCGGGCGCC